AUGGCAACAGCCUCCUCUCCCGGGCGGCGGCUUUACUCGGCUUCGCUGGCUUCCCCCCGGCCCGGUCGCUUGCGACGGACGCGCCGCCAUCUUGGAAGAGCGACGUCCGCGUCUCGCUGCAACGUGCGCUCCCAUUGGCAGGCGCAGGGGCUGCCGGCGUCUCGUGACCGUCUCCAUAGCGCUGGCGCGCGGAAAAGCGGAGGCGGGCGCUCGGCAGUCGACUUGGAGUUGAUAGUCGGCUUGGCGGUGGCUUGGAGGACCCCGGGACAGGGUGCCUGGGCCAACUUGGGACCACUGGGAGUGCAGAGGGGCCCCAGCGCCCUAAACUCCUGGGAACACACGUGCGCGCCCUUGGGGCCGGCGCAUCCUCCGCCGCCCACUAGCGUUGGCUGGCCCUGGGGAGGGGAGAGAAUGCGAGAGGCCGACACUUCCGACUGAUGGCCCUGCUGCUAGUCUCGGGGACAAAGCGACAGAUUUCCUGUAGAAAAACUUCCCUCUCGCGUCUCCCUGGCCCCGCGGCGACCGAAGAGUUGGGGUUCUGCUUUCUUCUGGGAUUUACGUGUUUCUUGAAACAGCUCCCUACGCGACCCUUUUCUCUUAAACUUUGACAGGAACUUUCCUUUGUCCCUACCAAUCCUCAGUGAGUUCUUUACAGGGGUCCGAGACAGGUUGUAGAUAUGAUACGGCUUAUCGGCUUUACCCCGAUCCUAGCAGAGUUAGGACUGUCGCUGAUGUGAUUGGCCAGCACCUGCCUAACAAUGAAGGUUUAGUUAUGCUACAAGUAAGACGCCUCUAAAAAAAUGUAAAACAGGCUUUACGUUUUACCUGCUAUCUCCACAGGUUUACUGGUUUCUUAAUACAAUAUGCUUGUAUAUCAAGGUGAGCAAAUUUCAGCAAAUGUCGUAAAUAGUCCCAACUUAAAUGGAAUUGAACUCUAGAAGUCAAUGUGCAUAGAAGUCCCUGAGACUGACGCCAUUCUAGAUCUACCACUAGAUGGUUUGCGAUGUACGGAAUUAAAGGCAGUCACUUCUACCUGAAUUGUGAUGAAAGUAGUUUACCUGAACAUGCUGGGAAAGUGUGCUACCCUGUUUUAUAUUAGAAACCAGUUUCCAAAUAAAUUGAAAAGUACAUU